AAACAAAACAAAAUAGAUAUAGAGGAAUUGUGUAAUUCAAUUAGACAUAUCAUUAUAAUUAGUAUAAAGUAUGAAAAGCAACAACAUAUCAGAAUAUAAUUUGGGUGAUAUGGUUGCACACAUUUUGAUGUUUUACAUUUGGUAACAUAACUGGCCCCAAUCUCUUGUCAGCGAAGUUAUUUUUGGUUUUGCGGGGUGAAAACAUGAGUUGGAAAAGAAACCCUUACCGUUUUCUCCAGCAGGUGAGGAAAUACGGUGUUGGAGUAGUAGCAGCCAGCACAGUGGCUGUUGUAGGAAUUUGUAUAUAUGUGAACAAGAAGAAUGAUUUUAAAGUAUUUGCCUCGUGGACCAAUUUGUCAGAACAAUUAGAGUACCCCAAAAUAAAAUGGGAUAACAAUUGGGACAGGAGAGAUCCCAAAUUACUUGUAAAACCUAUGAAAGAUGAGAAUAAUAAUGAUGUGAAUGAUGAGGAUGUGAAGAAACAGACACCAACAGCAACAAGACAUAUAAUAUUAAUACGUCAUGGACAGUAUAAUCUCAAUGGGGAAACUGAUGAAGAAAAAUAUCUUACUGACCUAGGUCGAAAACAAGCUGAUUUAACUGGAGGUAGAUUAAAAGAGUUAGACUUCCCCUACACUAGACUUGUAUCCUCAACGAUGACCCGAGCCAUAGAAACAUGUGAUUUAAUCCAUAAGUUUUUACCUGAUUUAACUGUUGAAAGGAACGAUUUAUUAAGAGAAGGAGCUCCUAUACCUCCAGAACCACCUGUCGGCCAUUGGAGACCAGAAGUCUAUUUUCAUCGAGAUGGUCAAAGAAUUGAAGCAGCCUUCAGACAAUUUAUUCACCGUGCUACACCAGAACAAAAAACCGAUAGUUAUGAGAUUAUAGUCUGUCAUGCUAAUGUUAUUAGAUAUUUUGUUUGCAGAGCUUUACAAUUCCCUCCAGAUGGUUGGCUACGUUUAUCUUUAGCUCAUGCCAGUUUAACAUGGAUAACGGUACGGCCUAGCGGUCGUGUUAGUUUACGUUGCUACGGUGAUUCUGGGUUUAUGGAACCAAAUAAAGUAACCUAUUCUUGAUGAUUGUAGUAUUAGAAUGAAUUUUUUGUACUGAUAAAUUUACUGAUUAUUAAAUUUAUACCAGUUUUCAA